AGAGCACCCGGACAUGUCCCCUGAGGUCGUCUCGGCCAUCCGAUGAGGUCGGACCCGCGUUCCGAGGUUUUAAAAACUGGGCGAAGUUCAAAGCCCAAACCCUUCGACAAAUUUGAAAUAACUUGUUCGUCUCCCACAGGAAUCCCGUCUCCACAAUCUAAAGCUUACUUACCCAGCAAGUCUGCGAGGAAGAAGAAGAUCGAGGUCUGAACUCUUGAAGCGGAGGAGCCGAGGAUGAAGCAAUCGAUGAAGGCGAACUCGGUGAAGUCGGCGAUUGUGGUUUUGGGAGCCCUGGCUUUCGGAUGGCUAACCAUAGAGAUCGCUUUCAAGCCUUUUCUCCAGAAAGCUCGUGGCGCCAUGGACAAAUCAGACCCCUCUCGUGACCCCGAUGAUAACGACCCCAGCGCGAUUCCCAAAUCUUCUUUCUCCACCACCGACGAUAUCUCCGACUCCACUGAGCUGAAGUAGAAUCCCGUCUCUUUCAAUUUCUUAACUUUUUUUUUUUUUUUUUUUCUCAUUUUUGUUCCUCCCAUCUUCUACUGCUCGGGUUUUGGCUUUUAAUUAGGUUUUUCCCCUGUUUUCCGAAUGGUUAUCCCUUGAGCAACAACUCUCAAUAACAUGUUAAUGUAGUACCAUAUUGUUAUGGAUUCAAAAAUUUGAUCUUUUUCAGGUUUCAUACAA